AUGCCGCCUCCUAACUCACAUGGCACGCCACCCUCUCCGACGACCUCGGCACCUGACCCUCCACACCGAUCGUCGAUUCCCACACCUCCCCCUGUGGAGACCGAUAACGCCCACGAUGACAACGUAAACUUCCUACGAUCGCGACCAGCUCUUUUUAAUCCGCUACUACCCUCCUUGAGCCGACAGCGUCGCCGUCGUUACCCGACUAAUCCGCCACUGCAAAGCGAGGAUCGCAUGGAGGUGGAUGAUUCUACAAACCCACGCACGUCCGUUGAACUCAACCGUCGCAUCCCGAUUGUCCGCCGCCAGGAGAGAUCGACCGAUAUGCCAAACUACGAGGGCCGAGUGCCCAACACACGAUCGCUGUAUGGAUGGGCACCUGGAUCCGAUGAUGAGGAUGGUAUUGCGCACGAAGAGUCAGAAGAUGAGCAGAUGCAACCCUUCCUCCAUUCCAUCUCAAGUCGUGAUACAGCCCCCACACGACCUCCACGAAAUGAGGUCCCGGGCCCCGCACAAGUGAUGCCCCAUGAGUUUGAGACGUUACCAGGCAGCAACCGGGCUCGGGCACCGAUCUCGGCAGUGGCGGCAUUGUUGCAAUCUGCAAGGCGUCAGCCACGACUUUCAAGAAGUCGGACACUAGAGAACUACAUCAUCGAUCGCUAUUCAGAUACCACUCCAGAGGAGGAUUCUGAAAAUACGAUAGCGGUUGCGUCUCGGGGAUAUCGCUAUCGUCCCUCGUCGCGCGGGGACUCACAUCAUACCAACCUCACCCACAACGCCCUACGCGCUCGCGCUGCCGCUCAUCGCCAGCUACACUCAGAUACAUAUUUGGGCAAUGUGCUAGGAGAAACCAUCCACUAUCUUGAUUGUAUUCGGUAUUCAAACUCCCUUGAAGAGAGUAUGCUUGCCGCGGCGGAGAGCCGGCUACCCAUCUCAAUAGAUAAUAAGUCUUGGAGAGAUACGGACUUUAUUCUAUAUACCCUCAACAUUGCGCCACCUGCAGCGUGCUCAUGGUUUCGAUCUGGAAUGUCCUUUUCGGGCUGUCAACGAGCUGCGAGUGCCGGGUGUUCAGUGUUAUCGCAACGUGUCUCUAGCCCGCACGCCUCCAGUGAGCCUGUUAUUGUAAAUGGAAGUGAUACUACCCGAGUCACAGUUUCUACCACAAGUGGCCGCCGAAACUUAGCUAAUAACCGCGAUGAAAAUUGGCCUGUGAAAGUCACGAUACAUCAGAUCAACCGCGACGACAUGACUUUAUCCGGCACCAUGGAGGCCUACAAUAUCCCCGAUAAGACCUCACCCACCCACGAUGCACAUAUUGUGACUUUCUUGGAGGGUGAAAUCAUCGAUUUCAACAAUCACACGCUGGAGACAAAGAACUUCAAAGCAGAUGCGGACAUUGAUAGCACAUACUGGCGUGAACUGCAACCAUUUAAGGACCUGACAGAUGCUGAGAUGGCCCGGAACCUUGUGAGUCGGAAGUGGAUAACCGAGGAAUUAUCCAAGGGAUGGAUCUUGAUGAGAUGGAAGGAACGAUGUUUCAUCACCCCAACCGAUGCUCGCCAAGGUCUUACAAUCUCCGGGUUCUACUACAUCUCUCUUCGCCGUGAGGAUGGGCAUAUAGAAGGCUUGUACUAUGACCCAGGAAGCUCACCUUAUCAGCAGCUCUCCUUGAAUCCAGAAGUAUCGAAAAUGGUUUGCCCUUCUUACGCUUUCCGCUGA